CUGAAGUGAACGCGCGCAUCUCGCGCGCUCAUACACCCAGAGACGCUCGAGCUGGUGCUGUAUUGACACAAGAAAAUCUCCCAAAAAGAUGACCGAACGAUGCCCUGAGGGACCCACCAGCAUUCCACACUGUGUCUGAUCCGAGAGGGAAAUGGGGAUUUUACUUUUACUGGUAUUCGGACUGCUUGGAGUACCCACAAGAUUGGAUGUUUCAGUGAAGGCCCAGGCCAGCGAGCGACGUGUCUUGGCCCACAUUCCUGGUGACAUCAUCAUCGGGGCGCUCUUCUCCGUCCACCAUCAGCCGCCCGCCGACAAGGUUCACGAGCGCAAGUGCGGAGCCGUACGUGAGCAGUACGGUAUCCAGCGGGUAGAGGCCAUGAUGCACACCCUGGACCGCAUCAACGCGGAUCCGAACAUCUUACCCAACAUUUCGCUGGGGUGCGAGAUCAGAGACUCCUGCUGGCAUUCAGCCGUGGCCCUGGAGCAGAGCAUCGAGUUUAUCCGUGAUACUUUGGUCUCUGCAGAUGAGGAGGAGGGCGUGACCAAGUGUUCUUCUGAAGGUGGAAGUAUACCCAUGAAAGGGAAGAAGCCCAUUGUGGGGUUGAUCGGACCCGGUUCUAGCUCCGUGGCUAUCCAGGUUCAGAAUCUCCUACAACUGUUCAACAUCCCACAAAUUGCAUAUUCAGCUACAAGCAUGGAUCUAAGUGAUAAAUCUUUGUAUAAGUACUUCAUGAGGGUCGUCCCAUCCGAUGCCCAGCAGGCCAGGGCUAUGGUGGACAUUGUCAAAAGAUACAACUGGACCUACGUAUCCGCCAUUCACACUGAAGGGAACUAUGGUGAAAGUGGGAUGGAGGCCUUCAAAGACAUGGCUGCCAAGGAGGGAAUCUGUAUCGCCCAUUCAGACAAGAUCUACAGCAAUGCCGGAGAGCAGAGCUUUGACAGACUUCUGGAUAAGCUCAGGAGUCACCUGCCCAAAGCUCGGGUGGUGGCUUGUUUCUGUGAGGGCAUGACCGUUCGCGGCAUCCUCAUGGCCAUGAGGCGACGCCGUCUAGUCGGGGAGUUCCUUUUGGUUGGCAGUGAUGGUUGGGCGGAUCGCUAUGAUGUCACAGAUGGAUUUCAGAGAGAGGCAGCUGGAGGGAUCACCAUCAAGCUACAGUCUGCUUAUGUCACAUGGUUUGAUGACUACUAUUUGAACCUGCAGCCCGAUACCAACACCCGAAACCCGUGGUUCCCCGAAUUCUGGCAACAUCGGUUUCAGUGUCGACUAAAGGGGCAUCCACAAGAGAGCACAAAAUACAACAAGACCUGCACCAAGAAAGAGUUGCUGCGACACCAAUACGCACAGGACACAAAGAUGGGUUUUGUGAUCAACGCCAUUUACUCCAUGGCUUACGGACUUCACGCCAUGCAGAAAUCGCUGUGUCCAGGGUACAUGGGUCUUUGUGAAGCAAUGCGGCCGAUUGAUGGAGGUAAACUGUUAGAAUUCCUCAUGAGGACAAACUUCACCGGAGUUUCGGGAGAAGUGGUGCUGUUUGAUGAGAACGGAGACUCUCCUGGAAGAUAUGAGAUAAUGAACUUUAAGCAGAUGAGUGAGGAAGACUACAGCUACAUACACGUGGGCAGCUGGGACAGCAGUGGGCUGAAAAUGGACGACGAAGAGAUUUGGGCCAACAGCAGUGCGAUCAUGAGAUCAGUAUGCAGCGAUCCCUGUGAGAAAGCACAGAUCAAGGUGAUCCGUAAGGGUGAGGUGAGCUGCUGUUGGACCUGUACUCCGUGCAAAGAGAACGAGUUCGUGUUUGAUGAAUACACCUGCCGUGCAUGCGAGCUCGGCUCCUGGCCGACCGACGACCUCACGGGAUGUGAACCGAUCCCAGUUCAGUAUCUUCUAUGGGGAGAUCCGGAGCCUAUAGCAGCUGUGGUCUUUGCCUGCCUCGGCCUUCUCGCCACCAUCUUCGUCACUUUAGUUUUCGUCAGGUUCCACGAUACGCCGGUGGUGAAGUCUUCCAGCAGGGAGCUGUGCUUUAUCAUCCUGGCUGGUAUCUGCCUAGGUUACCUGUGUACGUUCUGCCUGAUCGCCAAGCCACACGUGGUCUACUGUUACCUGCAGAGGCUGGUGAUCGGGCUCUCGCCCGCCAUGAGCUACUCGGCCCUCGUCACCAAAACCAACCGCAUCGCUCGCAUCCUCGCAGGGAGUAAGAAAAAGAUCUGCACCAAGAAACCCCGUUUCAUGAGCGCUUGCGCCCAGCUGAUCAUCGUCUUCAUCCUCAUCCUCAUCCAGCUGGGCAUCAUCGUGGCACUCUUCAUUAUGGAACCUCCGCAAGUGAUCUACGACUACCCGUCCAUAAAGGAGGUGCACCUCAUCUGCAAUACCACCACGCUCGGGGUGGUGGCACCGUUGGGUUACAACGGCCUGCUCAUCCUCAGCUGCACCUUCUACGCCUUUAAGACGCGAAACGUCCCCGCCAAUUUCAACGAGGCCAAAUACAUCGCUUUCACCAUGUACACCACCUGCAUUAUCUGGCUCGCGUUCGUGCCUAUUUAUUUCGGUUCAAACUACAAGAUAAUCACCAUGUGUUUCUCCGUGAGCCUCAGCGCAACCACUGCGCUCUGCUGCAUGUUCGUACCUAAGGUCUACAUAAUGCUGGCCAAACCUGAGAGAAACGUGCGCAGCGCGUUCACCACGUCGACGGUUGUGAGGAUGCACGUGGGUGAUGGGAAAGCAGCCUCGGCGGCUAGUCGUUCCAGCAGCAUGGCUAACUUGUUUAGACGGCGAACGUCUGGCACAGACACUGUCAGUUCAAAUGGCAAAACGGUGACCUGGGCACAGAAUGAGAGAGGUUACAGGCCAAACUUGUGGAAGCGGAUCUCUAUUCACAUUAAGAAGAAGGAAGAAGUCAACCAGACAGCCAUAAUAAAACCUUUCUCAAAGGGCUGUGACCGGCCCCCAGACACCGGGUUGAAGCUGGUAUACGAGGGACCUCAGAAAAACCAGCGCUACCCUGUAACUUACCGCCCAUGCGCCCCUACCCCCUUGCCGACUGCGUGUCAGCCCACACAGAGGUGCGUUGAGGAAGAACGCCGUGAAGAACGUGCACCGAUAGUGGCAGUGCCUUCCUACCUGACGGAGCGCUUGCAUCACUGCGGCCCGCCCCAGACCUCCAUCAUGGAUCAGAUCAGCUGCGUCGUCAAUCGUUUCACAGCCAACAUUAGCGAGCUAAACAGCAUGAUGCUGCCCGGUUCCCCACCUGGGCCGGCCAUCAACUCCGCCCCACCGGUCCCCAGACCCUGCUCCCCCUCCUUCAGAGUCCACCCACAUGACAGGUCGCACGCCACCACCGUCACCACCUACGCGGACGUGGUGGCCGCGGCGAACACCAACCAUCGGUCCGCUGUGGGCAUCGCCGGUGGCAUGAUAGCUGGUGGGAGCAGCAACAGGGCUUCACCCGCCAGUCUUUUUGACAGCAACUUUGACCCUUCAAGUGCAGUCAGGACCUCUGAUCUGGAGGACGUGGGCACCUUGACACCUCCUUCCCCGUUCAGAGACUCGAUCAGUGAGUCUCCUACAUCUCCAGCUUCAGAGAUGCCGUUGUGCGAGCCCUGCUCUCCGAUAUAUGACCAGCUGAUGCUUCGGCACUACAGCCAAAGCUCUUCUUCUCUCUGAGAGAUAGAGGAAUUGAAGAGCCAACGAAAGGCAGCUAUUUAAAGCAUUUGCUUGGGUUGCAUUACCAAACUGUAAAUGUCGAGAAGAGUACACUAUUAAUGUAGAGGAAUUGAACGGGGACAUUUAUGAUGCCUGGAAGUCCUCCAUAAAACUGCUGGAUAUAUAUACUGGAUAUACUCUCGUGUAUAAGAGCACACCUCCAGGACUUUCCAGAAAGUUUAUGGUCACUCUUGAUGUGGACUGAAAGAUGUCCUGUGUUUGGCCAACAGCCAGUAUUAACAUUCCAAUGACGUCAGUCUACACAGGUGAUGUAAAGGAUAUUUUACAUUUGAAUCUUUCCUGUUGCCUGUCCGCGAGACGGCCUUCAGCUGAACAUCUUGCAAAACUGUUCACAUAUAACGAAAGUGCAAAUGUUUGAAUGUAGGACCAAACAGAGACUAGAGUCUUUAAUUUAAAUAUAUAGGUUUUAAAUAUUGAUCUUUAUCUGCAUUACAGGUCAGAGGUUGCAUGUUGUGCCAUUUUCAUAUCUUGUGGGAAAUAUUUAUUUUUCCUAGAUUUCAGAUAGAAAUGAGAAUAAUGGAAAGUUUAUUUAAUUACAAAGAAAUCCUUUGCCACUUUUAAGAAUCUGUCUUUUACAGUAUACAAUAUUUAGCAGGCAGACAGUGUCCUGUUUUAAUCUAUGGUUGUUUAUACUGACUAUCCCUGAAUUACACUAAUGACUUAGUAUUAAGUGAAGUCUCUUUGAAACAAAAAGAAACAAAACAGUAUACAAAUGCCUCCUACACAUUACAGUUAAUGUGAGAAAUAUUUAUUUUUUAAAGCAAUAUAGAAAUGCAGGACAUAUGAGGUUAAAAUAUAAUUAUUUAAUUUGCAAAUAAUUUUACAGAUAAGCCAAAUUCUUCACACUGUGGACAUGGUUCAUGGUUUGUACACACAGGGCAUUAGACUAUUAGUUGAUAUAACCGGCAAAUCACAUAAAAUUAUCCUGUUAUCAUAGAUACGAUUUUGUAUUUAUGUAAGUUUAGGUGCUUGUUGUUAUUUCCAACAAAUGUUUAUUCUUUUAAUCAAUGUGCAAUAUUUUUAUUGAAUCGGUGUAGGUUCACGUUUGCAUGCGGAACAGUGCCAUUAGCUAAAAUAAGUGCUUAAUGUUCUUUUGAGAACUUUUGUACAUUUUCUAAGUCUUUUGCAUUUUUUGCUCUUUGCCUUUUCAGACAUGACAUUCAUAGAAUGUAGAUUUCAGCAGUGUGUGAUGUAUUUUUCUACUAAACAUUUGUGCUGAUUUAAUAUGAUGGUUAUAGUGGAUUAAGCUUUGUGAAAUUGGAAGAAUGUUGCUUGCAAUAUUUCUGUUAGUUUGAGGUUUAAUUUAUGGUGUAAUGAGUCUCUUUUUCUAUUUUUCCUCUAAGCGUGUAAAAUAUCAGUUUGUGUUAUUAAAAUGGAAAUCAAUUGCAUUUUUUUUUUCUUUUUUAAUCAAUUUCAAUAAAUAUUUAGUGUGAAUA